ACGACUACUACACAUACAUAUAUACACCCCCCACAAGAAUCGUUCUCCUUCGUUUCUCUCUCUCUCUCUCUCUCUCUCUUCCUUCCUCCUCCACUCUUUCUUUCUCCCAACAUUUUUUUUUCCUCCAAAUUACACCCAACUCUCUGGUAUCUACAUACUAGGGUUUCUUUUUGGCAUUUAUUGACAAGGUGCUGCGGGGUGGCCUGGUGGGUGCCAAAGUGCCGGUCAAAAAUCACUCACUUUCUGGGCCAUUUAGAAAAUGCCGUUGCUCAAACGCAAGCCAUUCUCAUUGCUGGAUUCCCCGAAGGAUCUAGAGCCUCGUGAGCUCAUCUUUCAAGUCCGAUUCACAAAGGAGAUAUUUCGGGAUUAUCAAGAAUACUUGAAGCGGAUAAAUUUAUACCGCCAGAGAAUUUGGACAUGUAAAGUUACAGGAAAGACUAAUUUCACAUACGAGGAGGCUUUAGUCUCAGAGCAGCGUGCGGCAGAGAAGGUUCAGAAUUUUCCAGAAGAGUUGAUUGUCCCUGUACUGCGAAUUAUUCAAUACAGUAUGCUCCCACUAAGUGACUUGGUCCGCAAAAUUAAAGCAGAGCUGCAAGAAAACCUGGUUGAGGGUGUAGAACUGCAAGGAAAAAAGGAUGGUUAUCUACAUUCAUGCAAGAUAAUUAAAGUUUUAGGUGAGGAGGCAGGCAAAGGUCGCUAUGAAGUGGCAUGGCUUGAUAAUGGUGCUAAAAUAAAUGAAAGUGCUGUGGUAGGUGAAGAAGAUCUUGUUCGUAAAAAACUUCCAUUUGGUAGAGAAGUUUUAAAAUCUUAUAUUAGGGAGUCUACAUAUCGCAGUCUUCCUUGGGUAAUCCACAAUAGUUUAGCAUCAAGGCAUGGAAUUCCCACAGAUCCACCUGAAGAUUUGAAAAGCAUGAUAUCCUUUCUGAAUGGAUGUGUCAUCAAAAACAAAAAGCGGAAGAACAAUGAGGAAUUCCAAGAAGGAAAUCUCGGUAAAAGGAACAAAGUACAAAGGCAGAAAUCUGAUGGUUCACUCAGUGACAACAAUGUUGAGAAUGGGGAUGAAUCCAUCAAGUAUCCAAUUGAUGACAAGCUGGUGCAACCUGGUGCUGAUGAUCCAGUUUUCACUAAUCGUCCUUCUCCAUCAAGAGACUUCACCAUACAAAUGGACUGUGUGGGCGACCUUUUAAUGGUUUGGGAUUUUUGUUCGUCUUUUGGUAGGCUGCUCUACUUGUGGCCAUUUUCUUUUGAAGAUUUUGAAAAGGCUAUAUGCCACAAAGACAGCAAUCUUGCUCUUAUUGUAGAGACCCACGCAGCUCUUCUUCGCUUGCUUAUAGAAGAUGAGGGAGAAUUUUAUAUAAUGUUCCAGCAAAAGAAGCGUAAAUCAAAGAUUACUCUAAUUACAUGGACAGAGUAUCUGUGUGAUUUUCUAGAAAUGAUUCGCAUUUCUGAAUUAACAACUCAUCUACCAACCAUAAAACGUGGCCAUUAUGGUCUUCUAGAGCCUCCUAUCAAAUUGAGAAUUUUGAAGGAAUUGGUUGACCACGCCAUUUCCACAGAUCUACUGAGAAAGAAGAUAGAUGAGCGACUUGAAGAACGACAAGCACUUUCUGCUUCAAAAAGAGGGGAAGCAUUACAAGAAGGUAAGAAGAAGAGAGAGGCAAAGGAACGCCUGAAGGCUGUAUCAGAAACCAAUGGCAUUGUGCUGGAGAAUAAUUCCGAUGCUGCUGAAGACAUCCCCAGUGUAGCAGGGAACAAUGGUGUAGCUUUUGAAAAUGGAGAUGUCUCUGAGAAAUUGUCUUCCACUCAGAAAAAAUUAUUACAAAACGGUCAUAGUGACCACAAAAACAAUGGAGCACGGGAAAAAACAAAGAAGCUAUUGGAAGAUUUAGAAAAGAGCAAAGAAGAAAGGAAAGAAUUUCUUGAGAAGGAGAUGGAGAAACGAGUUAUUCGGACCAAUUCCAUGGGUAAAGAUAGAGACUAUAAUAGAUAUUGGUUUUUCCGUCGUGAUGGGCGAGUAUUUGUUGAGAGUUCUGACUCUAAGCAGUGGGGAUACUACUGCAGUAAAGAAGAGCUUGAUGCAUUGGCGGGUUCCUUAAAUCCAAAAGGGGAGAGAGAGAGGGCACUCAAAAGGCAGCUUGAAAAGUAUUAUCCUAGAAUUAGUAAGGAAUUACAGAAGAGAUCCAAGGAACUUGCCCAGAGAAUUGCAAUGGAAGAUGCAAUUGUUAGAAGGUCGACUCGGGUGCGAGCUCAUCCAAAGGAUAAUCCUGCUUUGGCAUUCCUCAAGUAUUCCAAUAAGUGGAAAGUUUUGAUGGGUUAGAGUAAACAAUAUAGUUAAACCCUCCAACCUAAUUCCAUAGUUUUCCCGGUGCAGUUUUAAUCUUCAUUAUUUUGCACUGUAAUGGGCAGAUCAUAUAUCAAAGUCAUUGAUGUGGUCUAAAGUGCCUCAUCAUUAUUCUCAUUGAAGGGAAUACAUUGGGUUAGAUUUUAGAGCUUAGUGGUUGAAGAGCUUUCUUAUCAUGAGAGCAUCAGUUUUGUAAAUGACUACGCCCAUUAUUCUAUAAAGUAGAUGCAAUUGAUAGUUAGAGUAAA